AUGGAUAGAGAGAGCAAGGAUAUAUUAUUGAAAGGCCCUGUUGCCGCUGCUUGGAAUGAUGCAAGCUACGUUGUAAAGUGCUUCCGUGCAAAACCUUCCGAGCCAAUACUUCCAGUCUCUGGUGAGCGAAAUGUACUAGUGACCAGUGCUCUUCCUUAUGUGAACAAUGUUCCUCACCUUGGUAAUUUAAUUGGGUGUGUUCUCAGUGGAGAUGUUUUUGCUAGGUAUUGCCGUCAAAGGAACUACAAUGUAUUGUAUGUGUGUGGUACUGAUGAAUAUGGUACAGCGACUGAGACUAAGGCUAUUGAAGAGGGACUGACUCCUAAGGAAAUUUGUGACAAAUAUUUUGAAAUACAUGACAAAGUCUAUAAGUGGUUUAACAUUGAUUUUGAUAUUUUUGGACGCACAAGCACUGCCCACCAAACCAGAAUCGCUCAAGAAAUAUUUUGGGACUUGUAUCACAAUGGAUUUAUUGUUAAAGAUAAUGUUGACCAACUUUUGUGUCAAACAUGUGAUAGGUUCUUGGCAGACAGAUUUGUAGAAGGCAUUUGCCCAUUUUGCUCUUUUGAUGGUGCACGUGGGGACCAGUGUGAUAAAUGUGGACACCUGAUUAAUGCCAUUGAGCUCAAGUCUCCCAAGUGCAAAUUAUGCUCUAGCGAGCCUUGCAUAAAGACUUCAAACCAUCUGUUUCUUGAUCUAGCUAAGCUACAAGACCCCGUCAAUGAAUUGUUUAUGAAGUCAUCUGAUCAAGGGGUAUGGUCCAACAAUGCUAAGAUCAUUACUUCAACUUGGUUACGUGAUGGUUUGAAUCGAAGAUGCAUAAGUCGUGACUUGAAGUGGGGAACGCCAGUACCUUUGGAUGGCUAUACCAAUAAAGUUUUCUACGUUUGGUUUGAUGCACCUAUUGGGUACAUAUCAAUUACUGCUGGCUACAUUGAUGAGUGGGAAAAAUGGUGGAAAAAUCCUGAUGAGGUCAAAUUGUACCAGUUUAUGGCUAAAGACAAUGUUCCUUUUCACACUGUUGUGUUUCCAGCUUCUUUGAUUGGAACAAAAAAGCCAUAUACAUUUCUUGACAGCAUUUCAUCUACAGAGUUUCUAAAUUAUGAGGAUGGGAAGUUUUCUAAGAGCCGUGGUGUUGGUGUGUUUGGUAAUGAUGCGAUUGACACCGGUAUUCCGGCCGAUGUGUUUCGAUUUUAUCUGCUGCUUGUUCGGCCAGAAACUCAAGAUUCUGUUUUCAGUUGGUCCGACUUUGCCAUUAAAGUUAAUGCUGAGCUUGUCAACAACCUUGGAAACUUUAUUAACAGAACUCUCACUUUUUUGGGGAAAAAUUACGAGCUAGUUAUGCCUCCUGUUUUUCCAAAUGAUGGAGACAUCCAUUUUUUAGAGCAAAUAAAUGUUGAACUUCAAAACUACAUAGAGAACAUGGAAAAGUGUAAGCUUCGAGAUGGACUGAAGUGUAUUCUAAGCAUUUCAAAACUUGGCAAUGGAUACUUGCAGGCAGGAGAGCCAUGGAAGUUACUGAAAUUGAACAACAAUGCAGACAAGUUGAGAGCUGACAGUAUAAUUGGUAUAAGUACAAAUGUAGUCUACCUCUUGUGUAUACUGCUUUACCCAUUUAUGCCAUCUGCAGGGAGCGACAUACUCAAGCAACUGAAUGUUAUGGAGAAUUGUAUUGCCAUUCCGGAAGCAAUGGCCCCUUUUCUUGCAGUUGGUCACAAGAUCAAUGAGCCUUUCCCUCUCUUUGUGAAACUUGAAGACUCACAAGUUUUGGGUUUGAAAAAGAAAUAUUCUGGAAAUGACACUUGUUGAUUUGUGUGGUCAUUAAUUACUAUAAUUUUAAGCAGGCUGACUAUAGUUUUGAUAGAAAUAAAGCAAAUGCUAUAUUAGUGUGUCUAAAUUUCAUUUAACUUUUAAUUCAUGGUAUACAUGUGAAUGACGUAAUGCA